AUGAGCUUAGGGACGAUCGAUGCUGCGCUUCACGCGUCCGAUCACCACCCGCAGGACUGGACCGCCAGCCGAUGGAUCGUGUGCCUAACAGUGGCCCUAUUGGGUCUGCACUUCUGCGGCGUACAGGGCUACGGCCUGUUCAAGCGCGUUGGUCCACACAAAUUCGCCCGCGUGCCAUUACGACCCGCCGGAAUGCGCCAUUUUGGAUUCGUACGAGCCGCCAACCCUAACGCGGACGGUGCGAUGGAUGAGCCCUCGCAACAGCGUGAAAUGGCGGCCGAAGAACCGACGGAAAUGCGUGAAAUGAUCCACGAAAGUGCGCACCCGGUCGAGAUCGAUAUGGGCGCGGAUAUGCAGGCACGUGUGAUGGGAUUCGAACCCGAUCAGGUUGAUGGUAACUUCGGACGAGCGGCCGGAGAAGAGGAAGGUGAGAACGAGGAAGGUGACGCUCAGUUCCGACACUUCAAGAAGCACAAGAAACAUAAGCACGUGGUCCACACGCACCAUCACUAUCAUCACAAGAAGGAUGAUCACGAGUAUGGCCAUGGAUAUGGGCAUGGUCAUGGGUAUGGUCAUGGACAUGGGUACGAUCAUGCUCAUGGGCAUGCUCAUGGAUACGGACAUGGCCACGGAGGGCACGGAGGUUACCAGCCAACGUACGGUUACCACGGGCGACACCGGCAGCCGUCAAGAUGGCGCCCUGUAGCUCAUGGCCAACUUCUCAAUAAACAGGCCGCCGGUUUUUAGGCUUUAGCACGCACCGCAACUCCAACGCAUUCAUCCCCGAACCCGGACCAGGACGUGGCCUUUGAAGGACAGCAGCUAGAGGGUGGCGAAUCUGGUGGCUACCGGGCGUCUGUCAGCAGGCGGCAGCUUGUGCGCAGCAAAAACGAGCGAUUAGCUCAGAACGGUCGAGAUCGGGCGCUUCGUGCGAACAGGUUGCGGUCGAUGGCGAAGCGCAUGAUCGAGGGUCUCGAGGGUGGGGAGCGAGUCGAGCAGGAGACGGUGGCGGUUGCGGCAGGUGAGGAAGGAUCCGCCCGGUGGCCGUACAGACGUCGAACCAAAGCAGACUGGCGACGAAGAGCUGAACUGGCCGCUGGUCGACGUCGCAAAAUUGUUCCUGAGAAGACACUCGAACGGCGUGCACCGAAACAAGAGCGAACUGACACGGUGGCACCUCCACAGGACACCGAAGAACCAGUGACGGACGAACCGGUCGACAAUAAGUCGGACGUGUGCGAGGACGAGAUCUGCUCGAGCUUCUACGUAGACGAGCGUAAAAUGGCUGCCAGAAGCACGACUCCACGAACGGAGGUCGAACACCUGCUCGAGGAGGAACUCAUGUCACUUCCCAGAUCCUCGGGGAACGGACUUGAGACCUCCGAAAGCGAAGAGUCGGCAGUCGACCGCAAGGCGUCAGGUUCAAAACCCACAUCUACGGCUUGGCGUGGCCUUUCGAAGCGAUUGAAUGCGUUCCGCGAGCGGCAGUUCAGUCGAAGGAGUCGUUCAACAGAGGCACCUACUACGACCACAACACCUGAGCCAAACGCCAGCGAGUACGAGAACGAUUCGAACGAGAUCGUUGAGUACUUCCAGCAGGACGUAGGUCGUGUCUUAUACCGACUAGCUAACGGACGGUUGAUCGAAGAACCACAACGAUUCCACAUGCGUCGUAGUCCUGCUGAAGAUCCGGCUGACUCGUGGAGACAACGUCGGCUUGAUCGUUUGGCCGCUCGAAAGAGUCGCAAGCAGCUGAAACCUUCUGUCGUGAAUCCACCCGAGUCCAAACCUGAGCCUAUGUCUCUUGUCAACAUUGGUACGUUCCGGUUCCCGGAUCAACAAAUCGUGGGUGCUCCAGCCCCGGCAGCCAUCGCCACCGGAACCGGAACUGAACUGACUCACGAACUGACCGGAUCAGCUCGUGCCGUAGCCGUUAUGCCUUCAGCAGACAUGGACAACUACAUCAUGCAGAAGGUGCGCGAGUAUUGUGGUUCGUCCUGUGGUAAACCCGCACCGGUAUUGCUCGUCCCAGAACAGAAGACAUUUGCCGUGGCGUACCCACCACCACCGCCUCCUGCCGCUCCUGCCUCACCUCACAACCCUGACGCGAUCGUAGGCAGCGCAAAACCGCUCAUCGUUCAGCCAGCUCAUACGAUCGAAACUGCACCCGGUUCUUCAACGGUUGCGCCCGGUUCCUGUGCACCCAAAAUCGUCAAGUGCAUCCCGAGGUCGAUGGCGGGCAAACGCACCGCUAAGGGUGCUCCUGCCGAUGCUACCCCCGACCCCUCGAAGGAUCCCGCCAACCCGCUCGUGUCUCCGAGUGCCGCGAUCGUGCGCGCCGUUCGCAACCUGAUCUUCAACCCGUACGAUCCGCGUAUGGUCGAACCGUUCGGUGGAAAACCACCGGGUGGUGAUUCGACCCAACGGCGCAAGCAACGUCAGGACCUGCGUCGUCAGCAACACCAGUCACCCCGUACACGCCCGCUUGACGCCAUCCGGAACGCGAUCACGGCCAUUCGGGAGCGAGUUGUGACAACGACUACGACACCAGCGCCACCUCCACCGGCUGCUGGUCGGCGGCAGAAGGCACGCCGCAACAAGGCUGGCCCUAUAGUAGCGGCUGCGGCACCUCCCCCACCUCCUCCACCACCACCGGCACCUGCACCGGCACCACCAGCGGUUGAUUGUGCCGAAUGUCGGCGGUUGUGUAGCGCUUGGGGACGUCCGAGAGCGCGUCCUUUGGCAAGUCGACGACGAGAGGGUGCUAGUGCGGGUGGAGCCGCCGAGGAGACGGUAGCAAGUGCGGGUCCUGGUGAGACGAGUGAAGGCAAUGGUGGUGGAUUGUUGGGAGCGUGGUUUGAUUGGUUCCCGGCCGAUGAGAUGGUGUCCACGAUUCAGAACGGUGACUCGUCCUUUCUGGACAUCGUGAGCAGUGUGUUUGGGUUGCCGCCGGAGGAGAACGAGUACCAGGUGGGGGCAGCACGAAGGAGUCCGCCACAGGAGGAUCCGUUGCCGUUCUGUGAGGACGUUAUGUAG